AUGAAUUGUUUUGCUAUAGCAACAACAGAACGUGAUUUAAUUUUUUAUGAUAUAAAUUCACAUACAUAUACAGAUUCUAUUAUAAUAAAUCAUUUUCCAGCUAGUUUAACAACCAUUGAUUAUCAUAUGAAUAUAAAAAACUCUUCUCAACCAACAAUUCUUUGUGAAGAUUCAUUAGGAAAUUUAUUUAUAUUUCAAGCUAAAGAUCCAUAUAGACCAAUGUUUCAUAUAUCUGAUUUAACACAUUAUAUGAAAACAGAUUCAAGAAGAAAUUAUUCAUUUCCACGAAUUGUUAAUAAUGAAUAUUUAACAGUAUCAGUGAUUAGUUUUUGUAAUUUACAGAAUGAUUGGAUUGUUCAAGUUAAAUGGAUUGAUGAUCUAGAUUUCUUUGUAUCAUGUGCAUUAGCAUCAACACGAAAUUUAUAUAUUGGAGAUUUAAAUAAAAAAAUGGAAAAAUAUGCUGUAACGAAGAAAUGUUUUGCUUUUUUUGAUUAUUGUAAGGCUCAUCGAUCAAUAGUCACUGGUAGUAAUGAUGGUGUUAUUCGUUUUUGGGAUCCAUUUGUUACAGAACGAGCUGCUGCUAUAUUACGUGGACAUAAUUCUUCUGUUACUCAUUUAGUUGUCGAUAAUCGAGAAAAUCAUAUAAUUAGUAUUGAUAAAGGAAAAAAUAUUAUUAUUUGGGAUGUUCAAACAUUAAAAAUAAUUCAACGAAUAUCACAUACAAUUUUUGAUUUAUCUGGACAAGAUUUAACAAUAUGUUAUUUAAAUCCAACUCAACAACGUUUAAUUAUAGGCAACAGAAAACUUCUUUCAUUAUCACAUAUAAAUGAAUCAUAUAUUCAUAAUGAACGAACAUCACAUAUAUAUCCAAUAACAAAAAUAUUAUAUAAUCCUUUAUUUAAUGUUAUUAUAUCAUGUGAUGAAGGUUCAACUAUAAAUAUAUGGAAUAUAAUAACAGGUGAAAAAAUAAUGCAUAUAUUAAAUGCACAUGUUACACAAUUUGAUGAAUAUAAUGAACAUGCUGUAGAAAUAACAACAAUGUGUUUAGAUGAAUCUAAACGUCGUUUAAUAACAGGUGCACAUGAUGGUUCAUUAGCAUUAUGGAAUUUUAAUAAUGGUCAUAAUCUUUAUCGUGUUAAUUCAAAUGGAAUACAUGCAAAAGAAAUAACAACAUUAUUACAUGAAAAUGAACGUUUAUUUGUUGCUGGUUGGUCAAGACGUAUUCGAGUAUUUCAUUUGGGUAAAUCAGUUGUUAUUCGACAAGUUGAUGAAUUUCGAUCAUUACAUAACGAUGAUAUUUUAUCGAUGAGUAUAAUGAUGAAUAUUCUAGCUACUGCAAGUUAUGAUGGUGAUAUUAUUUUAUGGACUAUUGAAACAGGAAUGCCAUUUAUGAAAUUAAAUUCAGUUCAAGAUACAAAAGGUGCUAUUCAAGCUAAUUUUCCAAAAUAUUUUUCUCGUCGAAGAAUUAAAAAAUUUAAAAGACGUGAGGCAGAUAAUACAGAACGGUUGGAUGAAAAAAAAGGUUAUUAUAAUAGAAUUCGUCAAUCACUAUUAAAUCGUCUUCGAACAAAUUAUGAAAUAUCUGUAGAAAGUGUUUUAAAAUCUAAUAUUGAUAAUGAAUUCAAUCAAUCAACAAUAUCAUCUGAUUAUCAUUUGGAUCAAUUAAUUUUUCUUCUUACACGUGAAAUAAAUCCUUCAUCAGCUACUCUUAUUACUGCUGGUAGUAUGGGUUGGAUUUGGUGGUGGUCUAUACAUGUAAUUGGACGUUUAAUUGCUGUUUUUAAUGGAGCGAGAAAAUCUCAAGAACAUGUUCUGGCAAUGUGUGUAGAUGAAAAAUGUAAUUUAUUGUUUACAUCUGAUACAGCUGGAUAUGUAGCCCUAUGGUUUAUUGGUGAUUAUGCUUACAAGCAACCUGAUUCAAAAGAAAAACAAAUGAAAUUAAUUGAAGAAAAAAAUCGAAUAUUAACAUAUUUUUCUUCUAAUCUACAUUCAAAUAGUACUGAUAUACGUCGAGUUGGUUCAGCUACAACACUUGAAUUACUUCGCGGUGAUGUUGGAAAACGAUGGAAAUUAUUAAAACAUACGAUUGUUGCAUGGACUUCAUUACCUAUUUUUCGAUAUUUUUAUCAAAAUAAAGAUUCUGAAAUUCAAAAGACAUCAAAUCAUAUACAACCACAAUCAAAUAUUCAUCAUGAAUCAAAUGAUUCUACAAUAAAUCAUGUACGAAAAUUAGAUAUUGAAGAAAAACGAGAAUGGAUACAACGUCGAGAACGUCUUCAACAAAUAAUUAAAUUAGAUCGUGUAAAUUUUAUUCCAAUUACUAAAAAAAAAUCCGUUGAAACAAUGCUUAAAAAUCAACGAGAGAAUUUAGGUAUAACAAUGCCUAUACUUGGUCAAUACAGUCGAAAAUAUAUGCAACAUAGACCAAUAUCAAACUUCAAUCAUUUACAAAUUCAUGGUGGAAAGGCUAUUAUCUACUCAUUAUUACCAUUAGCAUCAUCACCAGAUAAUAUUCCACGAUUUACAUUAGAUUCUGACGAAAUUCAAAAUGAUAUUUUAUUAGAAUAUGUUGAUACAAAAUUCCAAGACAAUGAAGCAAACGAACAUUUACAACAACAACGAAUUGAUAAACAUUCAAUGAUUCAGUCGAAUGAAAUUUUUCUCAGUGAUGAUAAAUUACCAAGAAUUAAAAGAAAUCAAGAUAUUCAAAUAUGUCCAUCAAUUAAAUUACAAACAAAUACUUUUUCAUUAAAAUAA